AUGCCUCGAGAAGCCGAGCCCUCGCUCAACGAGAGGAAUUUCGUAUCGAGAGCUCUAGAGGAGGGCCUGCGUGUCGACGGCCGCAAGUUCGACCAAUGCCGUCCCAUCUCACUGGCGUUUGGCGAUGAGUUUGGUGUCGCAGAGGUCCAAUUCGGGAAGACGAAAGUCCUCGUCAAAGUCUCCGCCGAAGUGACCGUCCCAUACGUUGACCGACCCUUUGAGGGCGUCUUCUCCAUCGCCUCCGAGCUGAGCCCCAUGGCAGCCCCCUCCUUCGAAGUCAACCGCCCAACCGAGACCGAGGUUCUCCUCUCCCGCCUGCUGGAGAAGACGAUCCGCCGCUCUGGCGCCCUUGACACCGAAUCCCUCUGCCUCGUCGCCGGCAAGAAGUGCUGGUCCAUCCGCGCUGACGUCCACGUCCUCUCCCUUGACGGUAACCUCACCGACGCCGCCUGCCUCGCCGUCGUCGCCGCCCUCCGCCACUUUCGCAAGCCCGACUCCUCCAUAGAGGGCGAGACCCUCACCGUCUACACACCCGCAGAGCGCGAGCCCGUGCCGCUGAGCUGGCUGCACUCGCCCUUUUGCAUCACAUUCAGCUACUUUGGCGAGGAGGGCGACACCGCCGUGCUAUUAGAUACCUCGUGGCUGGAGGAGCAGCUCCGGACGAGCAGCUGCACGUUCAGUCUCAACCGCCACGGCGAGAUUUGCCAGGUUUCAAAGCUGGGCGGCGUGUCCAUCGAUGCGCCCGUCUUUGUGCAGUGCGCGCAGGUUGCGUUGGCAAAGUCCAAGGAAUAUACCGAGCUGGUGGACCGGAAACUAGCUGAGGAUGCCAAGAGCAGAGAUAAAGGUGGACUUAUGGCAGAAUUAACAGCAGAGAAUGAUCGGUAA